CUCGUUUAAUAGAAUUUUUGCAGCCAUUUUAUCGUUAAAGUUGUUUCCCGGAUCGAAUAAAAAUUGUUUUGACUGUUUAAUGCUUCCACCCAUUCGCAAUUUGUUGCCAGCCUUUUUUGUCGACGUCUACAGAAACUGAUUUGUAAUGGGUUGUAAUCAACAAUUUUCUCUGAGAUGGAACAACUACUUACAACAUAUUACGCAUGUUUUUAAUUCGCUGAGAGAUGAAGAAAAUCUGGUCGAUGUGACGUUGUGCUGUGAAGGGAAGAAGAUUCGCGCCCAUAAAAUGUUACUGUCUGCAUGCAGCACUUAUUUUAGAGAUAUUUUCAAGGAAAACCCUUGUCAACAUCCAGUCGUUAUAUUCAGAAAUGUCAAAUAUGACGACUUGGAAGCACUCGUGUCGUUCAUGUACAAGGGCGAGGUGAACGUUGAACAAGACGGUCUUUCUUCAUUUUUGAGCACGGCAGAAUUACUAGAAGUAAAAGGACUGACAGGCAGCGGACCAUGUAUACCAGAAACUAUCGUCAAAGAUGAUGUUUCAAACAAUGAACCAAAACAAACGAGCAAACAGUCUUCCAUGCCUAAAACUACCAAACCGGAUUCCCCUGCCUCAAAGAAGCGAAAAAUUAUCUCUUCUGAUGAUAGCCCACCUCCUCAAAUCAAGGCUGAACCAGAUUUUGGUGAUCAGGACUAUUAUGAUAAUCAAACCCAAGGGUCACCUUCUCCAGAAAUACUCAAAACAGAAAACUUGGAUGUGCCUUGGGAUGACAGUAUUAACGAUUUAGGUAGUACAGCUGGAACGUCAAAUGAUAGCAACUUACAGGAUUCUUUACAAGUAUUGGCAAACGGUUUAUGGCGAAGAUUGCACCCCUCGUUGAAGAGAUUUGGCUGUGAUGAGUGUGGAAAGGUCUUCAAGCAUCCGCGAUCAUUGGAUCACCAUAAGAAAAUGCACGAAGGGAGGACGACGUGCCCUUUUUGCCGAAGGGUCUUCGGACGAAUGUACGCCCUAAGGUUGCACAUGUCCAGUUCACACCCAGGACAAUCUAUGCUCCAAUCUACAAAGUCACAUUGAUAAAUUGUAUUUUUCAUUCAAGCCUGAAAAAUUGUCCUAGAUGUUCACCUCUUGGUAAGUACAUAAAAUAAAUCAAGUACUCUUAAGGCCCUUAAGCAGUACGGAUAUAUUUUUAUUCCGAUUUGUUUUUCAAGAUGAAGUUUUUUAUCAUAAGUGAUAAAUACUUUUUUUCUCGUGUAAGUCACACACUUCCGAACUAUAGAAUAUCUGGGAGAUAUUUAUUUAUUUAUUUGGAUUGCAUUUAUUAGCAAAUUUUCAUAAUAAUAGAAUUACCCCCCCCCCCAAAAAAAAAAAAAAAAGAUGCUUAAAGAGUAUAUUUGUGAUUAAUUGAAUCACUUCGGGAUUCCUCUUGCAAAAUUUCUUAUCGUUAAAAAUGUUGGUUUUAAGACAUCACAAAAACAAUAAUAGGGAAAUGCAAUAUAAAUAUAUUAACAAUUUUUAGUCAGCUGGAUAGUGAUUUUUAU